GGGGCAGAGAGAAAAGAACACAAGUGGGAGAAAGAGAGAGAAUGUCCGACAGGGAGAAAGAAGGCAAAAUAUGCAGGCUCUAGGCAAAGCGAGAGAGACUAGGAGCAGAGAGGAAAAUGGAGAGUUACUGACAUGUAAGAUAAAGUGUCGCGGGGCAGAAACAAUUUGUAAAAAAUCGAUUGAAAGUCUGGUUGAAAGAGAAAUGAUGUGUCGUGGACAAGAAGAAGUUAUGUGUUAGGUUAGGAAGCCGCCAAGAGAAAGGAAAGGGGGGGGUGUGUGAGCAUGCUCUGUUUGGACUGACAUUGGAUGCCGGCUUAGCUGCUCUCUGUCUUGCACAGAAACACACCCAGCAGCAGUGACACCUACCACACUCCAGGGGACAGAAAGAACAUGGCCUGAAUAAAAGAACACGGCAGAAAAAAGUCAGAGGGAGAGUUACUUUGUUUGGGACUUUCCCUCAUUUUCUUCUCUCGUAAGCUACAUCCCUCUUCCACCGGGAAAGCAAGAGAGAGCAGGGUUUGUUUUUCCACUCAAAAGGAUUAUUCUUCCAGCAGCUCCUUUUACAACAUCAAAUAUUGGUUUUUCACAGAAACCAAGCCUUCCUUCUCCGUGGGAAUUGUGCUUUUGUGCGGUUUGGAAAAUGGUUUUGGAAGAGGACAUGUCUUGUUAAGAGCUGCGGGGGUGCAACGCAAAACAGUCCCUGAAGAGCAACAAAGGUGGAACUUUGUGAAAGGAUAAUUAUCCAGUGUUGGAGACGCUCUACGGUGUUUUGGCUAAACUCUCAUGUUUCCUUUAGUUCCUAGUGGCGGAUUGGGAGGAGCCAGGGAGUGGCAGACUGACACACACACUGACAGACUGUUGACUACAUUUGCAAGGUUUCAGUUUAACACAGGAAGCAAAUCAGUGAGUCUGCAGCAAAAGCUACGAGAAACCCACUUUGGCUUUUCCUUCUUAAUUUGGUCCCGGUUUGUCCUGAAAAGCCGGUCUAGUGGAUUCCUGUUUUUUCUCUCUAGGUAUUCAGGUUCACCAUUUGCCCUUGUCUGGACACAGCCCUCGUUCUUUCAUCACAGCUCUCCCUGGACCCUCAUGAGCGCAUGCUUCCUAAACGUUGGACUAGAAGGAAGAAAUGUGAUCCUCUGUGUUGUGGUGUGUUUUGGGAUGCUACGGCAACAGUGCUGUUUCCAUGGAAAAGGCCAGAGAAAUAUGGAGUCGAGGGGCUGCGUGAGCGCUCUACCCCUAUGUCUCUGGUCCAAGUGAAAUCAAAGCCAGCUAGCGUAGCCCUGCAAGCUCCGCCCUGGAAUUCCUUGUUCAGACUCUUCUCAUGUGUAGCCACAAGGAGCGUGCACAGGACUAAAGAGGUCCCCACAUUUCAAGAGAAGACGACCGCCUUAUUUGGAAAUCUUAUGGACGAAGCCGAUUCCAUCAGUUUUGAUGUAGAUGUGUCAGAGGUAAACAGCCAGGGACUUAGAGGUCAGAACUCACAGAUGUGCAAAAUGAGUCGCCAGACUGCCACCGCGCUGCCCACUGGAACCUCCAAGUGCCCCCCCUCCCAGCGCGUCCCCACCCUGUCAGGCACCACGGCCUCCAACAGCGACCUGGCCAGCCUGUUCGAGUGCCCCGUCUGCUUCGACUAUGUGCUCCCCCCCAUCCUGCAGUGCCAGUCCGGACACCUGGUAUGCUCGAACUGCCGGCCCAAGCUCACCUGCUGCCCCACCUGCCGGGGGCCCCUGGGCUCCAUCAGGAACCUGGCCAUGGAGAAGGUGGCCAACUCGGUCCUCUUCCCCUGCAAGUACGCCUCGUCGGGCUGCGAGGUCACCCUGCCCCACACGGACAAGACGGAGCACGAAGAGCUCUGCGAGUUCCGGCCGUACUCCUGCCCCUGCCCCGGGGCCUCCUGCAAGUGGCAGGGCUCCCUGGACGCCGUCAUGCCCCACCUGAUGCACCAGCACAAGUCCAUCACCACGCUGCAGGGGGAGGACAUAGUGUUCCUGGCCACAGACAUCAACCUGCCGGGCGCCGUGGACUGGGUGAUGAUGCAGUCCUGCUUCGGCUUCCACUUCAUGCUGGUGCUGGAGAAGCAGGAGAAGUACGACGGCCACCAGCAGUUCUUCGCCAUCGUGCAGCUCAUCGGGACCCGCAAGCAGGCGGAGAACUUCGCCUACCGGCUGGAGCUCAACGGGCACCGGCGCCGCCUCACCUGGGAGGCCACGCCGCGCUCCAUCCAUGAGGGCAUCGCCACGGCCAUCAUGAACAGCGACUGCCUGGUGUUCGACACGUCCAUCGCACAGCUGUUCGCAGAGAACGGCAACCUGGGGAUCAACGUCACCAUCUCCAUGUGCUAAGAAAAACUUUGAAGAAAAAAAGAGGGUCAAAAAGUUACAGAUUGUCCGGGGGGCAUUUUUUUAAGGGGGGUCAAAUUCGUUGUGACUUCACAGCGUCUCCUCCCACCCCCUUUCUCUGUCUCACCCCUUGAGACGUGGAACUGGACUGUCUGAUCGGGCAGCCAAGGGGUGGGGAUGAAUGGAUGGAGGAAAAAAAACUGUGUAGUGAUGGACUUCUAAACAUAUGUGAGACGCAUGCACGCACAUGCAGGUCCCGCCCUCUCUCGGUCACCUCACACAAACUGACGAGCUGUUCAGUCAAACACCGCGUUAGUCGCCGUCUACUUCCCCUCCGUUAUCCUCUGACAUUUUACACACUACAGCCCCGCCCUUCUCUCAGAGACGCUCCGGAACGUGCCGUGGCGGAUUCACACUGAGGAAGGCUCAAGCUAUAUCACAACACGGACUCCCGGUCAGUACGGUCUAACACACCCCCCCCCCCCCCCCCCCCCCCCCAUUCCCUGCUGUUUGUAUUCAAACUCCCUCUUGGAUUAAACGCUCCACACCCGUGUCUUCGUCUAUUAGCACCCGGGAUAUCACAGAUUUGGGAUGUUUAUCUCCACCUGUGAUUGGACGGCUGUAGCACCCAUAGCCACCCAGUUAUGUGCCGGACUGCAGACGCUCCACAGAUCAUCUGUCACCCGCUCCACCCGAGGCUGAAGAUUGUGACGCUCUUUAAAUAGUAGACCGUCGUCGUUACUAGUUAUUCCUCCCGCUCUCACAUGGUAUGGAUUUAGGAAAGCCCCGCAGCUACACCGGCCCUGGAUUAUAAAAGAGAAUAAUACUUCCAUGGGAGCGGACGGGUAAAAGAGGAAAACACACCCUGCAUUACAGGCUGCUGUGGAUGAGUUGAUCGCGUGUUGGAGCAUUUUGACCGAGGAUUGGAGGGGUCUUUUUUUUUUUUCAGAACAAGGAAAGAAAAACAUUUCAGUUGAGUCAGUUUUCUUUUGGAGUCUGUUGUUUCUUUUUAAUUAUUUUAGUUGUCUUUUUUUUGUAAGAGAGGAGAGAAGAACUCUGUGUGUGUGUGUG